AUGACCCCCCCGACGAAACACCUCCACAUCGCCAUCCUCGACACCGACGUCCCCGUCCCCACCGUCUACGCCCGCCGCGGCCUCUACAGCUCGCAAUUCCGCCACCUCCUCCGCGCCGCCGCUGCCACCAUCAACAACGCGGACUACGAGAUCCACACCACCGCGUUUGACGUGGUGGGCGGCGAGCUCCCUGCGUACGGAAGCUUAUAUACGACCAAGUCACCGGAAACCACCGAUGCAGUUAACCCCCUGAGCUACCCCAUCACCGGCAUUCUCAUCACCGGCUCCUCCGCUGCCGCCUACGCCACCACCCUUUACCCGUGGAUCGACCCGCUGACGGAAUUCCUGCGGACAGUGCAUGCGCAGUACCCGGCUGUGCGGGUGUUUGGGAGCUGUUUCGGACAUCAGCUUAUCGCGCGGGCACUUCUGUCGUCCAACCCUCCUAAAACCGACCAUGUCUGGGAUGAUGGCAGAGAAGCAGGACCCUAUGUGGCGGUUGAGCCCGCGCCGGGGGGGAGGGAAGUCGGGUUGAAGACUGUUACGCUCUUUCCGGAGUUUGUGGGGAGGUUCCCGGAGGCAUUCGCGCGGAGACGGUGGGAGAUGCAGAUGAUACACGGCGACCACGUUCGCAUCCUCCGCCCGCUCCCACAAGACUGGUGCGUGAUUGGGAGGAGCGAGGAGUGUGCGGUGCAAGGGCUGUAUUGGCCCGGACAGGUGUUGAGCUAUCAGGGACAUUUCGAGUUCGAUGCGGAGGUCAAUCGGGAGACGUGUUUGGAGUUUGCCAGGAGGGAGAACUGGAGCGGAGAGGAUGUGGGGAGGUGGGUGCAGGCCAUUGGGGAUGGUACGCAGAGGAAUGAUGCGGAGGGGGCGGCGGAGGUGGUGGAGAUUCCCAUCUCCCACCGAUAAAAAUACCAGCAAUCACCCGAAGCGUACGAGGCGCAUGAGGCGCGUUGGAAGCUGUGGUAGUCGACAUGUUACCAGGGUUCAGCUUUAGGAAGUUUUGUCCCCGAGUCUUGACAAGUUGGUGAAUAUCAGGUCAGGUCUGUCCGGUUAUAAUGGAUGGAUGAGCAGAUUACUAGGUAAGUCGUGGCCGAGGGUGCAUUUAUAUUCCCAGUGCAGAUGAGGCCGAAUCGAAGAGUCAGACUGGAGAACUUCUGUAUGCUCGAAACAUUUUGGUGCCAUCUCUUCGGAU